AUUUGAUCCUCGUACGGGAAGAUGGGAGUUUGUUCGUCCGAUGUCAACAUGUCGAAGCAUCUAGGAUCUGCAGUGCUCGAUGGGCACUUGUAUGCAGCAGGUGGAAAGAUGAGUCAUCCAACCAACUUAGCUCAGUUGAGAAAUACAACCCUCUUACUGAUGAAUGGACCGAAGUGGCUGCAAUGAAGGAGAAGCGAUUCAUUGUAAAACUUGUCGUUGCCAACGAAAAACUUUAUGCUGUGGGUGGACAUGGCACUUCUGACCAGGAUUCCGUUGAAGUUUUCGAUCCUGAAGACAAAUAA